AUGCCCCCGCGCAGCAACCCGCACGUGGCACCACAACCCGCACAGCCGCAACGCUACGCGCCGCCGUCGGCAGGUGAGCUGCAACUCGGGCUCGUCAGUGACGCUGAUGCGAUGGGCGCGUGGGGCCACACCGCGCCGCUGCUCCUCGUGGCUGAGCCUCCCUCCUCGUGCAACAGCAACCAGGGGGAUACUGUAAUGCUUUCCUUCACUGCGACAGCACAGGUGCCAACCGCCUCCGUUGGAUCUUCACUGCGGUUCCGACUGGUGAUCGUUGAUGUGUCGCUGCUGCGCGCCGCCUGCCCUGGUAUCACGCCCGGUGCCGCUAUUAUGGCGGUGGAAAAUAUGCAAGGGCAGCCGGACAGUGUGGCCCUCAUCAUCGAUCACGACAGCAGCAGCAGCAGCAGCAGCCCUGUGGCGCACGCGCGUAUAGAUCUUAAUGGCCGUGUACUGCAUUUCGCCCGCGCGGAGAAGCAGUUUCCAUUCUUGUCGCAGCUCUCGUUGGCAGCGGAGGGGGAAAAGAAUACUCUAAAAGCAGGGCCACUUCUCUCGUUGACUCUGUACGGCAACGAUCCAAGCAUGAGGUACGAUCGGGCAGCGUGGCUGGACAGUCUGCCGCCGCAUAGCCGCGAGACUGUGCUGCACCUCGAGCAACACGGUGAUGACGUCGCGGCAACCAGCCGCAGCGGCAUCCAGUUGUUGCCCACCUCUCUCGUGGAGGUGGACGACGUGUACCCUGUGCGCUCCGAGGGCUGCUGUUGGUGCGAGGGGCAUUUGCCGAAUCCUGCUCCAAUGAAGCGCCAGAUGAGUGUGGUCAAGGAGUCGAUUAAACGGCAUAAGAAGCACCGGUCGCUUAAAAAUGAAACGGAACUGCCGCAACACACAAGCGGCCAUAAACCGCCCAGCACCAGGGGACAGACUGCUCUGUCUACAGGGGGUGCCUCCAAGGAGCAGGGGCAGAAGCCGCUACCUGUAUAUGAGAAUGUAAGAGCCUGCUAUGAGGACGACGCUAACACUGCCGUGAUGCGCCGCGGCUGGUGUGUAGAACCGCUGCACAUCGCCGACCCAAUCAGCCCAUUCAGCGCGGGGGAGCCGCAAUGCACCAUGCGUGCGUGGCACACAACGGUGAAUGUAGCGCCGCUGGCAGACUGUGGAAUUCAGCUGGAAAUGCGAAUGCCGCUUCUAGUCUACAGUGACACCAGCGACGACAGUGAUGAUACGUGUAGUCAGCUGUCGUCGCUGCAGACGUAUUCCUAUGCCAGCAGUGCCCGUGCUGUUGUGGGGGUGCGCUGGGUGAGGUGUUUCGUUGUGCUUCAGCCGCCGUUGUUCAAGCAGCACACGAGCGGCUUACUGGCGAUCCCCUUCUCCUUUUCUGAUGCUUCACCCGAUGGGGGCGGCCACAGCACUCUUGGUGCUGCCACCACGCACUGGCAUACCAUCUACGUGCAGUACCUCUUCGUCUUCCCCUUCCAACACGCGCAGCGCAACACGCUGAUGAUGGUGCGCUCCAUCGCAUCCCUCAAGCGGCUGGCGACGACAAAGCCGGUCGGCCACCGUGGCCUCGGCAAGACAUACACUCGUACACUGCCAGACGAAGCCACGGACGCCGACGCCGUGGCACCUUCAACCCGCAUGGCACGUCGGCUGACGGUGAAACUCGCGGAGAACAGCCUGGAGGCCUUCAACGCCGCCCACCGCCGUGGGUGUGACAUGGUGGAGUUCGAUGUGAUGCUUACGCAGGACCGUGUCCCAGUCAUCUUUCACGACCCGCUCAUUCGUCUCCAGGCACGCGUUAAGAGGGGUGCGGGCACACGCAACGGCAGAGUUGAGUGGCAGCAACCAUCUUCCAGUAAUUCGUUUGAGUUUGGCGUGAGCCCCACCUUCGCAUCAGAUCCGAUUCCACACCCGCAGUUCGCGGACUUUCUGACAUCGGAUUCGUCCAGUGUGCUUCCGGCGGUGUUGCAAGAAGUGUGCCAGCAGAACGCCCCUAACUUCGCCUCGGUUACCGUCGCGUUACAUCAACUGACGAAGCGGCAGCUGGAUGUGGUGAUGACAGAGACAUUCACAUACAUGAAGGCAGGUAAUAAGCUUCGUAGCUUAAUCCUGCGUCACAUGAACCAAAUCCUCCGCGUGUAUCGUAACCGUCAGCGAGCGAAGUACCGGUCUGACCUGCAUUUGGAGGCAAAGGAAGAGGAAAACGAGUUCAGCGGUUGCAUGACGCCUGAAUGUGUUGGCGGCCAGUUGCUGAACCCUGCCUGCUCCGGGGAGCGAAUGCGUAACCAGAAGCGCAUUCUUUCCGAACAGGAAGAUGUCACGAACCGCAUCUGCACGCUGCAGGAUCUCUUCGAAAACACACCGGUGUCGUUGCGCUUCAACCUUGAGGUUAAAUUUCCCUUUCAGCCCAUCGGCGAUUCCAACUUGUACCAGCAGACGAACGCGUUUGAGAUUAAUGACUUUGUUGACGACAUCCUGCGCGUUGUCUUUGACUACGCAGACCAGCGACAGGUUGUUGUGGGCAAGGGUGAUAAAGGAGUUGAACAGCCUCGUGAUGUGAUUUUCAGCAGUUUUGAGCCAGAUGUGUGCCUCGCGUUGAAGCUCAAGCAGAGCCGCUUCGAUGUUGUGUUCCUCUGUGAUACGGAGCCCUCAAAUGAUUUCAAGGACUACCGCUGUUUUGGCCUCGUAGAGGGUGCGCUGCAGUUUUCGACCCUUAUGAAUCUCUCCGGCGUCUCCAUCUACGCCAGCUCGCUCUGUACCAAGGCACAGAGACACAUCCCCAGCACACGCAAUCGCCCGCGCUUGCCACAACAGCCAGUCUCGUUGCAACGGCCGGACGACGGCGACGAGAACGAAUUAGACGAUACCAACAGCAUUGCCAGUGGCAGCGAUGGCGUCAGUGGUGAGCGUGACGCUCAGUGGAGUUCAUUCGAUUACUCCCGUGGAAGAGACAUCGUUGCAUACGCUCACGACCACAAGCAGCUCUUAUGGACAUGGGGCGAGGUGAACAACGACAAGCAGUUCACGUAUGUGCAGCUGCGGCUGAUGAAGGUGGAUGCGAUCAUCACCGACCACGUGCCGACGUAG